AUUGUGAAGUCGAUCAAAAUAAAACUUAAAUUAUUUGCAUAGUUAUAAUGGUUUAAUCUUUAUAAAAUAAUGUAGAUAUUUAAAAUAAUGUAGCAUUUAUGUUUUGCACGAAGAAAACUUCCAUUUGACGACUAUCUACAAAAAUUAUAUACAUGGUUUCAUAAUACCCAUCGUAAAUCAGUACAAGGUUUUCUUGUCAAGUAUUCAUUGUCAUUAAAAUGGGUAAUGCGGGAAGUAAUCAAGCUAAAGAAUGGCAUAAGGAUAAUAUAUCUAAGCAACUUGACGCGCCAUCAUCGCCGAGUAAAGAGGGAGAAGCUUUUACAUUUGAUAAACGGAUUGACGAUGAUCCAAUCGGCCGUGAUGAUGAUAACAACAUUGAAGACGGAGCUCCAUACUAUACGAAGGCAGUUCCUGAAAGUAACGUGGAAUAUCAAGAAUCAUCUGAUCUACCAACUUCACUAACCGACAGUAGUAAUAUAGUAGAUGAUAUCAAAGUUUUACCAACAGUAUUUAAAUGGGAAGGUGGAGGAAAGCAGGUUUACAUUAGUGGUACAUUUACGGACUGGAAGACUAUUCCUAUGGUAAAAUCUCAUGGAGACUUUGUCACUAUAAUUGAUUUACCAGAAGGGGAACAUCAGUAUAAGUAUUUUGUUGAUGGUGAAUGGCGUCAUGACCCCACUGUGAAAGUUAUAGAUAAUGGUAUGGGUUCUAAAAAUAAUUUAGUGACUGUGAAAAUGUCUGACUUUGAAGUAUUUCAAGCAUUAGCCAAAGAUAGUGAGGGAAUUCACAGCGGUGCACAAACUGAAUAUUCACAGGAGAUACCACAAUCUAAGCCGUGGGAGAAAGUGACUGGUCCUCCAAUAUUACCACCUCAUCUUUUACAAGUUAUUUUAAACAAGGACACGCCACUCUCGUGUGAGCCCACAUUGUUACCUGAACCGAAUCAUGUCAUGUUAAACCAUCUUUAUGCAUUAUCUAUCAAAGAUGGCGUUAUGGUGCUAUCCGCUACUCAUCGUUAUAGGAAGAAAUAUGUCACAACAUUGCUGUAUAAGCCUAUAUAAAUAGUAAAAAUCCCAGUUUACAUUAUUCCAGUCCAGUAAUGAAAGCCAGUGUUGGAUUGAAACUAAAUGUAAAUACAUGGUACUUGGUUAAUUCCAGUGUGUUUAGAUUUUUCCAAUUGGACAGUGCUGGAUUUGUUUGCUGGAUUGUAAUGAUGUAAAUAAGGGCAUUUAGAUAUUUAUGCUUGGUGUAAUGUUAAUUUAUUGUUGGUUUCACAAUUUAAUAUAGUCGGAAAAGUAACAAGAAGCAAUAGGUAGUAUGUAUAUAAUCAUGGAUGUAAUAACUGAAGUACUGUUGUAAUGUUUAAUGUGAUUAUGUAAAUUGUAUAGAAAUAAGUGUUUUCUUGAAUUUGCUAGCUUUGUUAUAUGCCUUGUGCAAUAUUUGACAUAAUUUAUUAUUUCAUUUCAUUAGAAAAUAGGAAAUUAAUAGAUAACAAUUAGCGUUUUAAUUGCAUUCAAUUUUAUUUAUUACGUUUUUAAAUCGAAUUGAUUUCAAUGUGAUGAUGGAAUGAUCUUUUAAAGUGGCCUUAAAUAAAUAGUGAAAAU